CAGUCAGAUGCGGCGCAUGGCGCAGAUAAACUCGGUAAACAAACAGCAGCAGAGACGCGGCAGCAGGAGAGCGGAGCAGCUAGACGGUUACCUAAAGCACGGAGAGGAGCGAGAACAGACCGGUCUACAGGAAAUGGAGGGUCCAUCCAGCUCACAGCAGCGCCACCACAGGACCAGACCACAGGAAAGCAGUGGUGGAUUAUGGGAUUCUGUGAAAAAGGCUGCUUUUGUCAUCGGAUCAGGACUGUUCUUCCUCGUAGCUUUCCGGAAUUCCGUAACAUGGCACCUGCAGAGGUUUUGGGGAGCGUCUGGGGAUUUCUGGCAGACUCAGUGGACGAAGGUUUACACCGCUUUUAAUGGAAAUGAAGUAGCCUUGUUCUUUGUUGGUACCAUGCUGGUUCCUACUUUCUUCUUCUGGCUGUUUAACGCCUUCCUGAUGCUGGUUGAUGUAACAGGAAAGCCCAACUUCAUCACGCGCUACAGGAUCCAGACCGACAAGAACAACCCGGUGGACCAGGAGAAGCUGCGGCACGCAGUGAAGACGGUUCUGUUUAAUCAGCUCUUCCUGUCCAUGCCACUGGUGAUUCUGACGUUUGCAGUGAUGCAGUGGCGCGGAGAACCUUGCAGACCAGAGCUGCCCACGUUCCACUGGGUUCUGCUGGAACUGGCUAUCUGUGGCCUGCUGGAGGAAAUCCUGUUCUACUACUCGCACCGGCUCUUCCACCACCCAGCCUUCUACAAGCACAUCCAUAAGAUUCAUCACGAGUGGACGGCUCCAAUCGGAGUGGUGUCUCUUUAUGCUCAUCCAGUCGAGCAUGUGUUCUCCAACAUGCUCCCAGCUCUGAUUGGUCCGGUCCUCCUGGGAUCUCAUCUAGCCACCACCUCCCUGUGGUUCACCAUCGCCCUGCUGGUCACCACCGUCUCGCACUGUGGAUAUCACCUGCCCCUGCUGCCCUCUCCUGAAUUCCAUGACUUUCACCACCUCAAGUUUAAUCAGUGUUAUGGAGUGCUGGGGGUUCUGGACCGGCUCCACGGGACAGACGAUAAGUUCCGUCAGACGAAGGCCUACGAGAGACACACACUCCUGCUGAGCUUCACACCGCUGACUGAGAGCAUCCCCGACCCGACCAAGAAGUCUGAGUGACCAACGCCCAGGAGUUCUACUGGGGUUCUACUGGACCAUACUGGAGCUAGCUCAAUCAACACUAUUAAUACUAUUAACACACAAUCUUACAGAUGAAUACAGUUCAGACAGACAUGGAUUAAUUGAGCCUAAUCCUGAACUAAAACUGCUGUACAUUACCCCUCACACUAUAACUGAAUAUGAUACCAGGUCUAAUCCAUGUACAGGAAAACAGCUGUUUAAGUCUAAAUGCUGCUAAUAUAAUUUUUAAGUAAAUAUGAUCUGAUUUUAGUGAACUGAAUUUCUGUUUUUUUUUUUUAUUCUUAAAUAAAUAAAGCUUUACUGGACUAAAGCCAGAUUUUAUUAUGAUAGUUUAUGAUGAAUCAUUUCAGUCUUAUAUUAGUACAUUUCCCAUUAGGAAUUUGAGUUGAUUAUGAGGACUGGUUAUGAGCACUUUAGAGUGGAGGAUUCUAAUAUUCAGUAUCCAAAUCUGAUCACUUUAUUUGUUUUAUAAUAGGAUUCAUUUUGUCAUAAACAAAAAAAAUGCACUAGUAACCAAUGUUCUGGGUAUUCAAUGUUUUGUUCACCUUAACAUAGUAAGAGAAAUGUUAGUGUAUAAGGUAACUACUAAUGUAAUUGUAAUGUAAUUAAUUGAACUGUAUUUGUGCAUACGUUUUAAAUUAUAUUAAAAAUGUAUAUGGCUAUGUA